AGGACUGGAGGAGGAGGAGGUCAACAGGAUGUGAACCCGCCAAGUCAAGUCUGAGAAAAACAAGAGCGAGAGAGAGAGAGGUUCACCCGUCAGCAUGCAUGCUGAAAAAAGCAGAUCAAGUGGCAUGUGUGAAAUCAAUCAAUCAGUCAACGAGUGCCGGCUGUUUGCGGUGCAAUACAAACAGUGUGUGAAGAGAUUCGACUAUAUAUAUAUACGUGUGCUGCAUCAGUCGUCACCAGGUGUAUAAUACUUAUAGUCACUAGUGGAGUGAAGGUACAAUAUAUAAUAUGAUGAGAUGGAGGAAAACGGGCAAGACGGUGGUGGCGAGUGCGACAGUCAUUAUUGUGUGGUCCUCGGGUCUGCUGCUCCUUCUUCCGCCCUCGUCAUUGGCACAGGACGAGGACGAGACGAAAGCAGGAGACAGCAGGAACUCAUCGUGCUCUGACGGGGAAUGCGAACCCGAGUCGUGCCCCGCGGCCGAGGGCUGCAGGGCCGGCUUCACUCUGGAGUCUGGACCCGUGGGGGUGUUGCACAGUGUGUGCCGCGAGUCUGGGGGACAAGUGCGACUACAGUACUACAACAGCAACUCGGAUGACGAUGAGGACACCUCGUCGAAUGUGGACAGGGCCAGUCAAGGGUCAUCAACAUCAUCAUCAUCUUCGAGGAAUACUCGGUUAUUUGGCGAUUGUGGCGACAACCUCGAGUGCCGACUACGUGACGACAACCGGUCAUCAGGGCCCCCAGCAUCACCAGCAGCCCCGAGCCCCAGGUCCGAGUGGGCCAGCAUGGGAAUGCAGCCCUGGCAAGCGAGGCCCGCGGCUGGCCCGUGCCCACCAUCACGUGGGAGACGGUGCGGGCAUCAUCAGACGGCAGUCAUUUCGUGCUCCCAAGUCAUGAGCGUGCAGCCCCACGACGGCGGCCGCUACACCUGCGUGGCCACCAACAAUUUGGGCGAGGCGAGGGCCGAGUCCCAGCUGGGCGGGUCUACGAGG